GGUAGUGUCAUUUUGUCGUAUUAUAGUCUCAAACUUGCAGUUUCCUAUUUUGUCCAUCCAGGUGAUCGUCUCUUUUUCCCCCUUUCCUUUGUCCUUUUUGUCCCUUUCCUUUACCGGUAUAUAUUUGUUGCUUGCUUGUUUCCUAUUUUGUCCAUCCAGGUGAUCGUCUCUUUUUCCCCCUUUCCUUUUUGUCCUUUUUGUCCCUUUCCUUUACCGGUAUAUAUUUGUUGCUUGCUGGUGCGUGCAAGUCUUCAUCCAGGACUCCACAGCCUACACAGGCUUCGACCUCCUGCCGGGUUGAACCACCUCCUUAGACGGACCGGGUGCAGUUAAGAGCUAUAGUCAGUGCAGCUUCUGCAGUUCAUCUGUAAGUAGCAAUACUGUGCGAGAUCAAAUUGCAGCUGAAUCGUUCUCCGACUGUUCUCAAAAAAAAAAAAUUGCAGCUGAAUCGCAGCAGUGACUAAUUGAAGUUCAUCUGUCAGUUACUUUACUGUGCGAGAUAAAAUGUGUCUUGGGAUAUGCUUGAAGAGGAUAGACACAAAGAAAAUGGAAAGAGAUAAGUCGGGGGAGUGUGAUGAGGCAUGCGGUUGUGAAGGCGGUGGUAGAGGAGUCAGGGAGACGGAGGAAGGCAGCGAGUGCAGAGCAAGAGAGGGACUGAGGAGACUGGAUUACCUUGAGGAUCAGGUCGAUGGAGAGGCACAGCAAUGUGACCCAGAAAGGCCAUGCAAAUGUUUUGGUGCAGAAGAGGGUCAGUGUACAUGCGGUUCAAGCCAUUUCGAGACGGGCAUGCCUUGUAGGAAUGGCGGAGGUCAGUAUGAUGGAACUCCUGGCAAGAGAUGCAGCUGCGCAUGCACUGUUGCUGAUCACGAGGAAGCAAACAAGCGUGAACCGUCUGUUGAAAACAUGGCGACUACAGCCGCUGCUGGCUUGGGGGGUCGGUUGACAGAGGCAGCUGGCAGUCGAUGGGCGGCAGGUGUGAAGGCAGGAGCAAUGCCAUUAGACAGAGAAACACAGGCAAAAUCACAUGCAUUGGGCAUCCAAUCGAUAGCCGAGAAGCAGGCAAACCAGCAAAGGGUAGACAUGGAAGAUAGUACGGCGAGGAGGGCCGAUGAUGGUCUUUCCUCGGCCAUGCCUCAGGGUCAGAUUAUGCACCAAGGGUCCACAGGAGGUCCAGGCACACGCCAGCAAUGUACCUCUAAUCGACCAGGCUCAGGAGUUUCACAUCAUCAUUCCGGUGUUCUGUCGAUCUCCAGAUGUGUUAGUAGCGGCCAAACUGCGACACCUGGUCUGACGGGUCAUAUGUGGUCCGGUCCGACGGUACAGGCCACCACCGGUUCUCGUAAUCCGGUUGGAUCGCAAGAUUCUGCUCAUGUUCCGGGCCAGCAGCCUGGCGUUGCUAGCCCUGGGCUGAUGGUCCAUUCUGGGGGUCCUUUGGUGGGGUACCCCAGCACUAUGGCGCAUCCAGUUCAGCACGCCUGGAAUGCUUCCGGAGCUCCGGUACCUGGACAGAUGGUCCACAUGACCGCUGGUCCUCACAAUCCUGACCCACAACAACCUUGGUGCACCACGGCAGUUGCCAUUAACGCGCAACAGGGGCAGCCCGGUCAGAAGGGAGCGAACCACUUUUUGGGCGUUUCGCACGGAAUGGGAAUCCACUCAGCGCAAGGAGUGCCGGCGACAGCAGCAGCCAUGGUCAUGCCAUCUCCUGUGCGAGCAAAUGGCCCGAUCGCCACCCUUAACGCAGCACCAGACACAACGGGCAUGGCACCUCCACCUCCACCUCCGCAAGGAGGCGGCCAUGACCGUUCCAACCUGAAUGCCUUUGGGGGAUACACAAAUAGGAGGGUGCCGAGGACCGUAUACCCGUUCAUGCCAGGAGCUCCCUGGGCCCAGGGACAGGAAAAUGCAGCCUAUGGCGAGGGGUCAGGGAUGGUGGUGCCGGCCGCUGCUCAUGGGGUCCCCAGUGAUGGAAUGCAAUGGGUGGUAGGGGCACAGGGAGAGGUCUGCAUGCCUAACUCCCUGCACAAGGGUCCGAUGCCCGCAAUCGGUUUGAGCAGUGGCCAAGGAGUGGCACCCUCUGCCUAUCAGCGACAGCAGCAGCAGCAGACAAGCCUGCCGGUUGUUGAUGCGAUUCCAAUGAAUGGUAUUGGGAUGGCUGCGCCCAUCGUAGCCCCUGAAGGUCAAGGGGGGGUGCUUGUCCCUGGAUUUCCGGCUCGCUCGGGGCAUUGUUUUGUGAGCGAUCAGACGCAGAUGGGAAGCACAGCUUUCAGAUUGAUGGCUGAUGAGGACAGAAUGGACGGGGGUCCCGGGGAGAUCAUCACUCAUGAUGACUACAAAUUUAAGGGUGGAGGUGUGAAAGACCAGAAGAGGUUAAAGAGAAUGCUGUCCAAUCGGGCUUCUGCGAAGAGAUCUCGGCAGCGGCGAAUGCAGCGCCUUGAAGAGCUGGAAAGUCAGGCUGACGAUCUGCGGGUAGAGAACGCCACUCUGGUCCGGAAGAACAGCCACGCCACGGAAAAGCUGGCAGACUACCUGGAAGAGAACCAGCGGCUGCAAUCGGAAAUAGUGGCGCUUCGGCAGGAGCUGGAGAAGCGCAGGGCUGCCCAGUGUUCCAAAGGGGAUGUGGAAAGUACCAGUCAGGGUAUGACUGCGACGUCGUUGUCUAUGGAAGGUACAGCGGCAGGAGUCAGUGAGGAAGUCGGUGAGAGAUCUCUCAAUAUCGAUGCGGCGACAAGUGACAGUUGCGAGGGCUCAUCUGGUCUGCCGAACACGGAUGUCGAUGACGAGCAAGAUCAACCCCCUGUGAGUGCGAGAAGCGGGGAUGGCAUGGCAUCAUCUUGUCGAAGCGGCGAUCAAAGCCGAUGAGCAGAACGUGCUAAAUGGGGUGGAUGAUGGGGCUGGGGAUGCUCCCUAGAUGUCCCUUCCUGUUCUGAAAGGCCAGUUGGUUUCUGCACAAGUACCUUUGGUAGGACCAUGGUUCAAGCAUCAAUCUGGAUUUUGGUCGAAGUGAAAUAAGCACCACAACACGGUCUAAGAACCACUUUGUGUCUCUAAUAUAUGUGUCUUGAGUGUGGUGUCUCUCUCUCUCUCUCACUCUUUCUCACACACACACACAGGGGAGAGAGAGAGAGAGAGAGAGAGAGAGAGAGAGAGAGAGAGAGAGAGAGAGAGAGAGAGAGAGAGAGAGAGAGAGAGAGAGAGAGAAUGUACAGGCACAUGUCAUAUCAUAGACUAGUGGGGAUUCCAAUUUGGGAGGAAGAACUGAGAUGAAUGAGCACACUAAUUGUCACUUUGACCUUUUGAGGGCUUACGUUCCAUCUUGAUGUUGUGGCAAUGAUGUAGGGGAGAAGAGAAGUGCAGAUCUUUUUUUGCACUGGGGAUAAGAUUGUGCUCUUGUGUCACCGAUCA